GGAAGAAGGAGGAGGAGGGGGGAGAUUAGCCAGUGCUGGCAAGGCCAUGAGUAGAGGGGGGCCUGGGAGAAGGCUGGAAAGAGGGGUAGAGGGGAGUGGUCGACUAGGAGAGGGGAGUCGAGCAGGGGUGGCGUUGCAGAGAGGAGAGGCGGUGCAGAGAGGGGAGGCGGUGCAGAGAGGAGAUAGCUCUGGGCUAGACUUGUAUGAUUCGGAUGAGCCAGGAGAGGAGGGGCGGGACGGGGGAGGCAGGGAGGAGGGGAGGACUGGCAGCGAUACAGGUGGGGAGGGUGACAGAACGGAGGAGGAGAGAGUGGAUGGCAAUGGCAUGGUGAACGGGCAGAUGAACGGCAAUGCUGUGAGCGUGCAGCUGAAUGGGUAUGCCAGCCGGAAGCCAGGGCCGAAACGGAAAGAGGGGCCCGUCAGCCACUUCUGCCAAAACGCACGGAAACGCAGGGAGCGGCUGACAAAACACAUCCGCGCGUUGGAGAGGCUGGUGCCGCAGCGGGCGCGCACAGACGCUGCCUCCAUCCUUGAGUCUGCGAUCGUCUUCAUCAAGCGGCUGAGCCACGAGAACAAGGUGAGGCACGAGAGCCAAGUGAGGCACGAGAAGCAGGUGAGGCACGAGAAGCAGGUAAGGCACGAGAAGCAGGGGAGGCACGAGAAGCAGGUGAGGCACGAGAAGCAAGUGAGGCACGAGAAGCAGUUGAGGCACGAGAAGUAGGUGAGGCGCGAGAAGCAGGUGAGGCACGAGAAGGAGGUGAGGCGCGAGAAGGAGGUGAGACAAGAGAAGCAGGUGAGGCAAGAGAAGCAGGUGAGGCAAGAGAAGCAGGUGAGGCACGAGAAGCAGGUGAGGCACGAGAAGCAGGUGAGGCACGAGAAGCUGGUGAGGCACGAGAAGCAGGUGAGGCACUAGAAGCAGGUGAGUCACGAGAAGCAGGUGAGGCACGAGAACUAGGUGAGGCACGAGAAGCUGGUGAGGCACGAGAAGUAGGUGAGGCACGAGAAGCAGGUGAGGCACGAGAAGCAGGUGAGGCACGAGAAGCAGGUGAGGCACGAGAAGCAAGUGAGGCACGAGAAGCAGGUGAGGCUGGAGAAGCAGGUGAGGCUGGAGAAGCAGGUGAGGCACGAGAAGCUGGUGAGGCACGAGAAGCUGGUGAGGCACGAGAAGCUGGUGAGGCACGAGAAGCAGGUGAGGCACGAGAAGCAGGUGAGGCACGAGAAGCAGGUGAGGCACCAAGAGCAGGUGAGGCACGAGUAGCAGGUGAGGCACGAGAAGCAGGUGAGGCACAAGAAGCAGGUGAGGCACGAGAAGCAGGUGAGGCACGAGAAGCAGGUGAGGCACGAGAAGCAUGUGAGGCACGAGAAGUAGGUGAUGUUAGGGAAUGUAAAGAGAAGAAUUAACUAUGGAGGGAGGUGGUACAGGGUUAUCUACCUAGGGAGCCAAUCCUAGGUCAAGAGGGGCUUGACCAACCCAACCAUUAUUGGUUGGACCAAUGAUGUUUGGGAAGGUUGGACCACCAACAAUUGAGGAGCCAAUAAUGUUGGUGGAAGACCAACAAGUUUGAACACCUCGAUAGUUGGGGUCAAGGGUUGGUUGAAUAUCCAACCCCAACAUUUAUCUACACCCCUAGAUAGCCCAACUUGGUUAUAUAUAAGAAACUAUGUAGGAUAAAGAAAAAGUUAUAUUCUAACACAACCCCUUAGCCUGCAUAGUGAGAAAAUACUUGAGUCGGAGAAGAGACAACCCCUGAAUCAGGUAGGGAAGGAGGAGGAUCGAGGAGCAAGGCCUAGGAGGCCGAGGAGGAGGGAGUGAGGAAUGCGAGGGAGAGCCUUGGUGAAGAUGUUAGCAAGAUUGGCAGAGGAGUCAAUCUUGUAGACUGUGAGAUGGCCGGCUUGGACGAGUUCGCGAACGAAGUAGUGGCGGAGCUCGAUGUGCUUGGAGCAGCCAUGGAAAACUGCUUCUUUGGUGAGGUGUAUCGUGCUGGCAUUAUGGCACCAGAUGGUGGGGCAGGGCUGAGGGGCACCAAGCUCCCCGAGAAGGUAGCCGAGCCAGCGAGCUUCCUGUGCAGCCAUGGUAACGGCAUAGAGUUCGGCUU